AUGUCACAGUGACAGCGCUGACAAGAUGGCGGAAGGCGCUCUGGCUGAGUGAGGCGGACGCUGCUAACAUCAGUUACACGGAAGAUCGUUUGCGUUGUUUCCUCCCCCCGUGGCGUGUGACGGCCUUCGGAUUAUAGAAGCGGAGCCCCGACGAGCAGCGACGCCCGGCCGGCUGAUCCGGGACAGGAACAGUCGAGCGCCGAGACGCGGAGCGCUGCGGGGAGCGUCCUCCGGGGAGCCCAGUCCGCGUCCUCCGACACACACACGCCGCUUUCCGUCUCCUCUGCUUCACUCUGCGCGGCGCCAUGGCUCAUUCCCCGGUGCAGAGCGGCCUGCCGGGCAUGCAGAACCUAAAGGCGGACCCAGAAGAGCUGUUCACCAAGCUCGAGAAGAUCGGGAAAGGCUCCUUCGGGGAGGUCUUCAAAGGCAUUGACAAUCGGACUCAAAAAGUCGUAGCCAUUAAGAUAAUAGACCUCGAAGAAGCAGAGGAUGAAAUAGAGGACAUCCAGCAGGAGAUAACCGUCCUGAGCCAGUGCGACAGUCCCUUUGUGACGAAGUACUACGGAUCCUAUUUGAAGGGCACAAAGCUGUGGAUUAUCAUGGAGUAUUUGGGUGGCGGCUCUGCACUGGAUUUGCUGGAGCCGGGAGCUCUGGAUGAGACACAGAUCGCCACGAUCCUCAGAGAGAUCCUGAAAGGGCUCGAGUACCUGCACUCAGAGAAGAAGAUCCACAGAGACAUUAAAGCUGCCAACGUCUUGCUGUCGGAGCAGGGAGACGUGAAGCUAGCAGAUUUCGGCGUGGCGGGACAGCUGACGGACACGCAGAUCAAGAGGAAUACGUUUGUGGGCACACCUUUCUGGAUGGCGCCCGAGGUCAUCAAGCAGUCUGCGUAUGACUCUAAAGCGGACAUCUGGUCACUGGGCAUCACGGCGAUAGAGCUGGCAAAGGGAGAGCCCCCACACUCAGACCUGCACCCCAUGAAGGUGCUCUUCCUCAUCCCAAAGAACAAUCCGCCCACGCUGGAGGGGAACUACAGCAAGCCCCUCAAGGAGUUUGUGGAGGCCUGCUUGAACAAGGAGCCCAGCUUCAGGCCGACGGCCAAAGAGCUUCUGAAGCACAAGCUGAUCAUGAGGCAUGCCAAGAAGACGUCCUACCUGACCGAGCUGAUAGACCGCUACAGGCGAUGGAAGGCGGAGAAAUCCCGCGAGGAGUCCAGCUCCGACGAGUCCGACUCGGAGCACGAUGGCCAGGCAGCAGGAGGCGACGACGGUGGCAGUGAUGACUGGAUCUUCAGCACCAUUCGGGAGAAGGACCCCAAGCGGCUGCAGAACGGGGCUGCACAGCAGGAGGAGCUGGAGAGGAGCGAGGUAGCAGACUUACGGAAGAGGCCUCCAUCGCAGAGCCUGUCCACCAUCAUUUCCCCUCUUUUCGCUGAGCUGAAGGAGAAGAAUGAGGCAUCCGGAGCCAAGCUGGAAGCUCUGGAGGAGCUGAGAGAGGCCAUCUUCCUUGCCGAGGAGGCCUAUCCAGGGAUCUCAGACUCUAUGGUGUCCGAACUGGUGCAGAGACUCCAGAGGUUCUCAUUGGCUAGGGCGUCGUCCUCCAACCAAUAGGAGCUGCCGUCUGCCCCCAGGGAGGGACAGCAGCCCCAUCACAGCCAUCAGGUCCCCCACCUCCAAUAUUCACAAGCCGAAAUGAAGUCUCUGGAGGGCCUUCAGUUUUUAGAGCUUAAAGCGAAUUUAUUCCACUUUUUUUUGUCAUAGUGCACAUAUAAAUAGCAGGAGCAUUAACUGAUGGAGGGUCCAGUAACUCUGUCAAGGUGGGUCGUCAGCAGUGUCCUGUCCGACUUGCACGUGUUUGAGGUCCAAAUGCUUGUAGGAUCUCUAGCUAAUGGGGGCUGAAUCUCAGUAUCUGCUGUGAGUGUUUCCAUUCCUUUUUAAAUAAAUAGCUGCCCCCUCUUCUUCCGCCGUUUGCUCGGAAUAGAUUAAAAAACAAACAAAAAAAAAAAACUAUACGAAGACUGCAUCUGGAACCUCCAAUACAGUGUCUGAAGAUGAAUGUGCAUGUGUGCGAUACUCACACGUUACUCGCGCGUGCACAUGAAGAUCAUCCUUAACCUCGCUAAGGAGACGAGCAUCUACUGAAACCUCAGGUAUUCUGCUUUAAGUGGACACGCCCUCCCAGAGAUGGAGGUCAGUGUGUUGGGUGGGUGUACAAAAGUGUGUACAUAGUCAUUUUUACCGGCAUUUGCGUAAAGAAAUCACUGUGUAUAAACAGCCAAGUGCUCCUGUAGAUAAUGUUAGUAGGUAAAUAUUUAAACUGAGUUUCUCACAAAUGGCCAUAACUGAAAAUUGCCUUGUCUUUGCUACUCCAUGUUUAUUUUUUGGGCCUUUUGUUUUCCUUUUUUUUUUUUUUUUUAGAAAAAUAAAUUCUUCAAAGGUUUUAUCAUCCGAUUUAAAGUUGAAGCCCUGUUGUUUUUUAAAUGACUACUGAAGGUACCUCGCUGUGGGGGGGGUGGGGGAUCCUCGUACCCGCAGCCGCUCACGUUAGGCCUGAUGAGUUCCCCUGCUGUUCUGUUUGAUCUUGUCCCAGUGAGCAGAGUGUCUUCUUUAGUACAGUGGGAACAUUAUGACCAAAUUGAUCUACGCAGCUCCGUUUCAGGGCAGCCUUGCCCGCGUUUUGUUUGCUUAGACUUCAUCAUUCCUUUGUGUUUAGUGCAGCGUCGCACCCGUUCCCUUCCUCAGCCGCUCCGGUGAUUUUUAGGCGCAGACUCCCAGCUCCCCCACUUCCACCUGAACUGCAGCCAGGUUGCGCCGUCAUCCGCAUGCAUUUUAAAAGUCGUGGCAACCAACUGCUGCGGCGUUUCUGAGGCGCAGCCGACGGCUUGUUUUGCAUCCUUGCGUUUAAUUGCAUUUUGCUCUACAAACCCUAGGCAGCCAUAAGGAAUUAGCAUAACUAUAUGUGUGUGUGUGUGUGUGUGUGUGUGUGUGUGUGUGUGUGUGUGUGUGUGUGUGUGUGUGUGUGUGUGUGUGUGUAUAAAUAGGGUACAAGUCAUCUGUAACGAAGGACGUCUCUGAACAUACAUCAUAACUUGGCCGUCGCCGGUCUAACCCAUGUGGAAAUCGAUGGCUUUGUGCCAGUAAGAGAGCACGUGUGCUUGGCGUGGGAGCGACGUGAAGCACGUGACCGGCCCUUGGGCCAGUUUGCUGUACGGGUUUGAGGACGCCAGGCUCGGUAUAUGUCGCAUUUGCUGUGCAUGUGGAGACCUGCUUCAAACUCACAGCCGCAUUUACUUAACGCAUUCUGUCUGGCUUGCCGUCUUUCACUGGUGACAAGUAUCGUUUAGAGCAGUAACUUUAAUGAACGCCCCACACUGGGUAAUUUUUAUAAUGUGCUGCGUGAUUCAUUUGCAUUUAGGCGAAUGCUUCGCCUGUUUCAGGAGGACCCUAUACUCUGAUGCAAAGAGAGAUCUAGUUGAUUUUGGUUUUGUUUUGUCAUGCACACAGGCAGGAAGACCCCCCCCCCCCCAGAUCCCAUAAAAAACAGGCUCAGGGCCUCCCAGAGGUGUUCUGUGUUACUACCGGAUACCAGUCUAUCCGACAGUUCCUGUCACCCUGUAGUCUCUCAGAAAAAGUGCCAUUCCUUUCCAUCAGCCCUUUCCGGUAGCUGUACAUGAACCUUGUAAAGACUGUUCAGUUGAUUUUUAUUCUGUUGCACUUUGAAGCAUUUUAGUAUUUAAAACCUGGUACUCAAGGCUGCAAUGUUAUGUCGUUUCAUACAUGAUUGCUACUGUACCUUUGCAAGUAUGGCAAUAAAAUAGGUUGUCAGGAUGCAUUCAGCACAGGUAUAUUGUAUGGAAUCAAAGGAAAAAUACAAUAUUUUUAUAAUUGUACAAGAAACUAUUGUAGUUCAGAGUAAAUUUUAAAUCUGGUCAUCUAUGAUAGGAUUACUUAUUACAGAAGUUAAUUUCUUUCUGUAACAUUGCUGACAGUUUAGUCACAUAUACUCCUUGCUCAUGUCAUUAAAAACAGAAAGGUAUUUAAAUCCUUGUAAGCUUAAGUGACUGAGGAAAAAUAAAAUUCUAAUUUACACAA